AUGGCUUUCAAUUCAUGGACAUCCAGAGCAGUCUUGUUGUAUGAUGAGUGGAUUAAAGAAGCUGACCCAAGGGUUGAGGACUGGCCACUUAUGUCCUCGCCGUUCCCACAAGCCUUCAUCAUUGCUGCAUACGUCUAUUUUGUUACGUCGCUGGGUCCUCGUCUGAUGGAGAACCGCAAACCCUUUGACCUCAAGCAACCCAUGAUCAUCUAUAACUUCAGUAUUGUUGCUUUCUCCCUCUACAUGAUCUAUGAGUUCCUCAUGUCUGGCUGGGCCAACGGCUACUCCUAUGGGUGUGACCUUGUGGACUAUUCCAGCUCUCCUCAGGCUCUAAGGAUGGCAUGGACCUGUUGGUUGUACUACUUUUCCAAGUUUAUUGAGAUGUUGGAUACAAUCUUCUUUGUGCUGAGGAAGAAGAACAGCCAGAUCUCUUUUCUGCAUGUCUACCAUCAUUCCAUCAUGCCAUUCACCUGGUGGUUUGGAGUCAAGUUUGCUCCAGGUGGCCUGGGAACCUUUCACGCCUUGCUGAACUGCUGUGUUCACGUCAUCAUGUACUCCUACUAUGCCCUGUCUGCCAUGGGACCUGCUUAUCAGAAGUACCUGUGGUGGAAAAAGCACAUGACCACCAUUCAGCUGAUUCAGUUUGUCAUGGUAACCCUCCACAUUGCCCAGUUCUUCUUCAUGAAGGACUGCCCUUACCAGUUCCCUGUGUUCCUGUAUGUCAUUGGCCUGUAUGGACUUGUGUUUCUGGUUCUGUUCCUCAACUUCUACUACCACGCAUACACCAAGGGCAAGAGACUCCCUAAGACCCAGCAGAACGGAAUCUGCCAGCAGAACGGAAUCUGUCACCAGAACGGCGUGCACAAGAAGACGGAAUAA